UGGAACACCAACCCUUUAUUGUUGUUAUUCUUUUUCUUAGGUAAGCAAAAAGCAGAUCGAUCUCGAAAUGCAAUAACAAACAAACACCUGGAUAUAAGAAAAGCAACGCUUUGAACAAAAGCAAAGCCUUCCUUCUUCCUCACUCAAGAAGACACAACCAAGUAGACUUUCAGCAUAACAGCUUCUAUUAUCAAGAGCCCCACCACAUCUCCCUACAAUGAAGAUAUGAUAGUGGCUGGCUGUGGAGGUCCUGAAAGCGAAGAGAAACACCAAAAAAUGCCCCCAGAAGUGCCUCAUUUUCGCUCUCCUGUAACUCCUCAAGUUCGAUUCUCUUCCCCGGUGUCACCUAAGGCACAACUAGAUCAACCUUAUCAGCACAAGCACUGCAGAGGAUCUAAAAACAUGAACUUUAGCAGAAAGAAACUCAUCCCUUUCCUUGUUUUGAUCCUUUCAAUUAUUUCUGUACUCAGACUUGUUAGAAUUGCAGUAACAACUUCAUCUUCUUCCCCUCCAUUUCCUGCCUUGACUGCCUUGCCUCCUACUGCUCUUGGAGAUGCAUGUUCUCCUCUCUCCACAUGCUCGAAGUUUCCAUCAGACAAAAAUGCGUCUGCCAACAUCAUCGGCCUCAGGGAAAAGGAAUACCACCUUCUGUCAAAUCUCAUUUCUCAGAAAGCUCCUUGCAACCUCCUCAUUUUUGGGCUUGAACCUCAGUAUGUAUCUCUCUCCUCAAUCAAUGCAGGUGGCACCACCAUCUUUCUAGAGGACGAUCACAACAAGAUAAGCAAACUGAAGACUAAUUCCAACACCACCAGAGUCUACCAGGUGGACUACCAGAUACCUGCAAAAGAGGCUUACAAACUGCUCAAGCAUGCAAGGGAAAACCCAGAUUGUGCACCUAGCUCAAAACUCCAACUAUCAAAAUGUCAACUUGCAUUGAAAAACUUACCACAAGAAGUUUAUGAGCUUAAAUGGGAUUUGGUGGUGGUGGACGGACCAAGCGGCAGUACACCAGACGAACCGGGUAGGAUGGCAGCAAUCUAUACUGCUAGUAUGAUGGCAAGAAAUGGGAAUAUUACAGAUGUGGUAGUGCAUGAUGUAGAUCGAAUGAUUGAGAAGUGGUUUUCCUGGGAGUUUCUGUGUGAUGAGAACUUAGUUUCUUCGAAAGGGAGAUUAUGGAACUUUAGGAUCACAGGCCAAUCAAACUCUACAAAUUUUUGCCCUGCCAAAGCCAUUACGAUAGAGUAAUAUAAUAGCUUCUAUUUUUACUAUUAUUUUUAUUUUUCCCCCAUGAGGUGAAAGUAGAAAGAACAAGCUCCUUUCAUUAUUGAUAUUUUCAAUAGAGCAAUGGUAAAAGUAGGAAAACCGGAUGCCAUACAGUUCUUCCUGAACCAGCUCAAAAUGGCAGACAGAAAGACAGUUAUUUCAAAUUGUGAGAUUGCACCCACAAAAAUAGAGUAGGAGCUCUUUUUCUUUCUCCUGGGGUACAGAGUCCUUGUAAAAAAGAUUCCCAUCACUUCUUCCACUUUAUUUUCUUUGUAAAUAAGAAUCAUUAUUUGCGGGCAAAUAUCCAGUGCCUAAC